AUGAAUCGGGGUUGCCCUGGAGCUCUUGGCUACUGUGGUUGCUGGGGGGUUGCUGAGGGGACACCCCCGGACCUGUGCCCUGCACACACAGGGCUGUUCCAGGAGAUGGUUCAGUCCCAGUGUCACUUCAUUAAUGGCACUGACCAUGGGAGGUUCAUGGAGAGGAACAUCUCCAACCGGGAGCAGUUCCUGCACUUGGGCAGCCAUGUGGGGCUUAGUGGGGACACCUCCUUUGGGGACAAGGUUGCCAGGUACUGGAACAGCGACCCGCAAUGGAUGGAGUACAGACAGGCUGCGCUGGACAGGCACUGCCAGCACAACUCCGAGUUGUCCAGGCCGUUCCUCGUGGAGCGCAGAGAUGAGUGUGGGGCAGAGCGUGUCCCCUUGGGCCCUGACCUGGGAAUGACCCUGGAGCCCCUCAAAACCUCCCUGGGAAUCACCCGAGACACCUCCGCCCUUCCUGUGCCCAUCCCUGGAGCCUCCAACCCCCUCCUUCCAAGGGACUCCAGUGGCUCUCCCAGUCCAUCCCAGUCUCUCCCAGUAUCCUCACAGUCCUUCCCAGUCUCACCAGAGUCCCUCCCAAUUCCUCUCAGUCCACAGUCGUUCCACUCCCAGUCCCAUUCCAGUCCUAACUGCACUCCCGGGCCUCCACUCUCUUUUCCACUGCCAUGCCAGCGCCCCUCCAAAUCUCUGCUUUCUCUCCCAGUGAACCCCCAGUACCUCCCAGUCUUUUCCAAGUCCUUUUCAGCCCAGUCCCAAAUCUCCACCCUCUCUCCCUUUGCCCCAAUCCACUCCACUCUCUCCAAAUAUUCCUCCAAUCUCUCCAAUUUUGUUCCUAGUCCUUCUGAAUGCUGCACCAGCCCUCUCUCAUUGGGGAACAGAUCAGUGGCCACCACAUGCCCCAAAAGCUCCUGCUGGCCUUGGAAGCACCUCAGCUGGAUCUCGGCAGGGUAGAAAUCCAUCACAGUAUAGAGCAGGCAGCUGGAGCUGGGCUGAGAGCUCGAGGGCCACAGUGAGAUGGACACACUGGGGGGCACUGGGAGAGAGUGGGGACACACUGGCAUCAGCUGGGGGGAACUGGGAGGGCACUGAGUGAGCCUGGAGGAGCUGGAAAAUGACCAGCGAUUGGAAAAUGGGUUGGGAUGAGGUUGGUUGUGCUGGGAAGAGACUAAGAGAGUCUUGGUGAGUCCUGGUGGGGCUGGGAAGGGUCUGGGAGAAGGUCUGGGGGCCCUGUGGUGGUGGAGGACAACUAGGAGGGGGUUAUGAGAUCCUGAGAGGGACAGAAGGUGCUUUGGUGGGUCCUGGGGAGGCUGAGAAGAGACAGGGAGGAGGUUUCAGGGGGUCUAAAGAGGGCUGGAGGCUAUUGGGAGGGUGCUUGGAGGUGGUUGGAGUGUUUGUGAGAGGUUUUGGAGGUCCUGACUCCUGUUGAACCCUGAGGUGCUGCAAGAUGCUGCUCAUCUGCCAGCAAGAUGCUGGGGGAUUGGGGGCUCCGUGUUUGGUUUCGUCUUUCUGGCGCUGGGUCUCGUCUUCUUACCUGUGCAAGAAGGUGAGGGGGGAUCCCUCCCCCAGACUGUGUGUGCUCUCCCUGGGGCCCCUAGACGACUGUCACUCGUUAUCUCAGCCUGCAGAGCACCUGACCCAGCAGAGGCUGCAGCCCCUCCCUGUGGCCUCGGACACAGCCAGGACUCCCUGGUCUGUCCCCACGCUAAUUCUGGGGAGGUCGUGUGUCGCCCCCAAAGCUGCUGUCACUCUGGCCCUGCUGGCGGCUCCCAGUGUUCCCAAUAAGGCUUCCCAGUUAGACCCAGUUCCGCUUACUGAGAGGCGAGACUGGGGAGGGACUUUGGGGGACCCCGUGGGGGAAUCGUGAUUGGGGGGGGGGGGGUCCAGGUGGGGAACACUGGGUCCUGCAGGUCUGCCCGGCAACCGGUGAGUCAUCAGAGCUGCUCUCUCUGAUUGGCUGACUCUUCUUCAUCGCAUUGUCUGAUUGGCUGAGGAGAGGCCCGGGAGUUGAGAGAAGGAACAGGAGAGAUCCCGCCCCAAGAACCGUCAGGGGAAGAACAGACCCAGCCUGGGCACGGGGAGGGAAUUUAUUACCAACCAAAUCACAGCAGGACAAGGAGAAGGGAAAGAAAUCUCUCCAAGACAUUCUCCACACCCAACACGGAUAACUGGGACCAGGGCUCUGCCCAACAGGGAUCACUGGGGAUCAUCCAACA